AUGAGUAGGCCGUCGGAGAGCUUACCAAUAAGGUAUCUCGAUAGGUAUUCUCAUAAGCAUUCAAAUAUGAAGGGAGUCAAAAACGACAAGAAAAGACACUCGAUGUUUCUAACAUCGUCCAAUCUCGACAUAUCGAGUCUUUAUCACUCUAAAAGCGCAAACAGAUCAAUGGACACACUUAUUAACGACAAAAGCAAACCCGCGAAGAAGUCUAGCUCUGGCAGCAAGACUUCUCAUCUUAAGAGAAGCACUGUUUUGCUGGACGAUAAUAUGGUCAGAGAAUAUAACUUGGCUAUCCGCGCUCUAAACAAGUCGCCAGAUGAAACGCCCGCGGGAAAGAAUAAGCACAAGAGUAGUGUCUCUACAUCGUCAAGUAUGUCUUCACUUUUUUCCCGUGAAAGUUCCAUGUCGAUCCAUGACCUUCUUUACGAAGACUUUCAAGACACCCAGUUCACAGAUGGUAUCCAGCACAAACAAUUAUUUUGCAUUGGCGAAGCUGGCAACACGGAGCAGGUUAAUGCCAUGGAGCUAGAAGAGCCCGUACUUGCACCCCUAGUAAGAACACAGCUGGAAUUCUGUUGA